AUGCAGCACAGUGGACAGGAUGGCAGUUGUGGUUGUAUAGUUGUGGAUACACCUCCAUCAAUGGAUGGAUGCCAAGAUAUGAUAUUGACGUACAAAGUCUCUCACGAAGAUCUGAAAGAAUUUCGUAUGCAUGAAGGAGAUAUAAUUCGUGAGGUAGAAUUCAUUGCUGAUUCAAUUUCUCCUGAGGGUUUAUGUAAUAAUAUAAAUAAAGAAUUCUUACAAGCAAAACUUGAUGCUCUUCUUCUUACUGAUGAGGCAUAUACUUGGUUAUAUAUGAACUUUAGAUUAGCUCCCAAGUGGAUUGGCCCAGCCAAAGUAUUCCUUAAAUCACUCCUUUAUAUUUUACAACAAGAAGGAGUACUAGCAAAUGAUGGUAAACCCUAA